GCGCUGAAGAAACUUCCUCACAAGACGCUGAGGACACAUGUACGUCCCAGGAUGGUGGACCAGGGCGAGGUGCCGACGGUGCCGACGAAUCCGGUGACCUCGACAGCCGAAGGAGGGCUAGGCGUUGGUGCCAGUCCUGGUGUGGGUCAUCCUGAGCCUUUGGAGGGCUCGGCCACCGAAGGCACGGCGCCUGCGCCGGUGGCAACAGUUGCGCCGGUGGCAACCGUGGCACCGGUGGCGACCGUGGCACCAGUGGCAACCGUGGCACCGGUGGCAACCAUGGCACCGACAGGGGAUGGAAGUUCCACCUCUGGCGGAACUGAGACCAAAGGCCAAAGUGGGUUGCGAGGAAGUGGAUCAAGUGGGUCAGGUACUUCGGAUGGUGGCAACGGAGAAUCAGCAGGAGUAGGUGCUGGUUCCGAUGCUGGCGGCAAUGGAGGAUCAGCAGGAGCAGGCGCUGAUACCGAUGCAGGAGCAGGCGCCGGUUCAGAUGGUGAUGGCAAUGUAGGAUCAGCAGGAGGCGCUGGUUCCGACGCUGGCGGCAAGGGAGGAUCGGCAGGAGCAGGUGCUGAUACCGAUGCAGGAGCAGGCGCUGGUUCAGAUGGUGAUGGCAAUGUAGGAUCAGCAGGAGGCGCUGAUUCCGACGCUGGCGGCAAGGGAGGAUCGGCAGGAGCAGCCACUGGUUCCGAUGCAGGAGCAGGUAGUGGUUCUGAUGCUGACGGCAAUGGAGAAUCAGCAGGAGCAGGCGCUGGUUCGGAUGCCGGUUCAACUGUCCCGGCAGUUCCCCUUGCGACUGUGCCUCCAGAGAAGGACGCAGCGACACCUCCGGACAACCUCCAUGUGCAGUUUCCCAAGGUCACCGUGCCACUGAAGGUGCAAUUCGAGCAUGUGCUUCCGAAGACCCUGGCCAUCAGCAGCUUUCACAGGAAGGUCUCCCAGAGAGGCGGCAAGAUCCAUUUCGAGGCCAGCCUUCAGUCCGGGGAACCCUUACCAAGUUGGCUGAGCUUCAAACACGAAUUUACCCAGAAAUUCAUGGUGAAGGGCGAGCUUGGCCGCCGGUGA